AUGAUAAAUGAUCUCGAUGUGAAACCACACGCAACGGAUAUUUGGAAAUUUGUGGAUGACAUAUCAACAUCUGAAAAUAUCACAAAGGGCAGCAACUCAAAGUUUCAGUUCUGUAUUGAUACUAUAAAUUCUUGGACUUCGUGCAACCUUAUGAAACUUAACUCCAAAAAGUGCAAAGAACUACGCGUUUGCUUUCUGAGGGAAUCACCUGAUCUAUCACCAUUGUUGAUCGACGGUCAUGCGCUUGAGGUUGUGCGGUCUCAUAAAGUCCUAGGUCUGGUUAUCCAAAACGAUCUUAAAUGGAAUGCACACAUAGAAUCAGUUGUAUCCAAGGCUUCUAAACGUUUAUAUAUCAUCCGCAUAUUACGGCGAGGUGGUGUCCCUGCGGAAGACUUAUUGAGUAUAUACUUUGCCUUAAUACGAUCGGUUCUGGAGUACUGUUGUGUGGUAUGGCAUCAUGCCCUACCUUUGUACCUCGCCGAUGAUUUAGAGCGAGUGCAAAAACGAGCGCUGAGGAUUAUUUUACCGGGUUACUCUUAUAGGGAAGCAUUAGCACAACUUGGGUGUUCCAGAUUGGAUGAAAGGCGAGAACGACAUUGCCUCAAUACUAUGAAACGCAUAGAAAUUGAAGGACCACUGUCAAAAUAUGUUCCAUUGUCUAGGGCUAGUUCAAAUGAUUAUGAACUUAGAAACUCUAACACAUUAACAACAAUAAAAUGCCGAACAGAAAGAUAUCGCCGUAGCUUUUUCCCAGUACAGUAG